CCCUAUGAUCUAUGAUCUCAGCUUCUCUACAAACCUACGUACAGGCCUAGUGUUAGGCAUGUAGGUAUGGUAUCAGCGCAACGCCGUAACAACAUCGGAAGUCCCUAACCAAUGACCCUGACCCUGAACAUGAUCCUUACCCUGGCCGUGACCUCACUUUCCCUUACCGAGUACAUACUACGUAGUAUGUACCAUGGUAUUCACUGCUCGAGCCGCCGUCCCAAAGAUGUACGUGCUUUCCCGCGGGCAAGAGCCAACAUUAUACCCAUGCCGUUGGAGCCGAUGCCCAUUAGAAGUGGGAAAGAGCACACACAUCUUGAAUUCAAUUCAAUUGAACUAUGACCGGGGUAAUGACAGUUACCGGUUCGCUCGUACUCGCCAUGGCAGUUGUGGCUACUUGUGUACAUCUUUCUAAAAUUUGAC